AUUGGUUGAGAAACUCAUGUGAUCAUAAAAUGGUGAUCAGAGCCAAUUUUGAGUAACUUAUUGAAAAUUAAUCCAUCUCCAUCCUCAUAGUAGGCUGUGGUGAAAAACAGUGUGAAAAACCCUUCCAGAAUGUCCCCUGAAGUUACCUUAAAUCGAAUAUCUCCAUCACUCUCUCAUUUCAUCUCCAGCGUGGUCAGAAAUGGCAAAGUCGGUUUAGAUUCCACAAGCUGUUUGAGGAUUACAGACCUGAAAACAGGAUGUACUUCACUUACUCCUGGGCCGAACUGUGAUCGCUUUAAACUGCACAUACCCUACGCUGGUGAAACCCUGAAAUGGGAUAUUAUUUUUAAUGCACAGUACCCAGAGCUGCCCCCUGACUUUAUAUUUGGAGAGGAUGCAGAAUUCUUGCCUGAUCCAACUGCCCUUCAUACUUUGUCAGAAUGGGACCCAUCGGACUCUGAGUCCUUGUUGUCAGUAGUGAAGGAGCUGGUUCAGCAAUAUCACCAGUAUCAGUGCAGCCGCCUUAGUGAGAGCUCACGUCUCAUGUUUGAGUAUCAUACGCUACUAGAGGAACCUCAGUAUGGAGAGAACAUGGAAAUCUAUGCUGGAAAAAAGAAUAACUGGACAGGAGAAUUCUCAGCUCGUUUUCUUCUAAAGCUUCCGGUGGAUUUCAGUAAUAUUCCUAUCUAUCUUCUCAAGGAUGCCAAUGAAGACCCCGGAGAAGAUGUUGCCCUCUUGUCAGUCAGUUUUGAGGACGCAGAAGCCACACAGGUCUUCCCUAAGCUUUACUUGUCCCCCCGAAUCGAACAUGCUCUCGGAGGUUCCUCUGCUCUUCAUAUUCCAACGUUUCCAAGUGGGGGAUGUCUCAUUGAUUAUGUUCCGCAGGUGUGCCAGCUGCUAACCAAUAAGGUGCAAUAUGUGAUCCAGGGGUACCACAAGAGAAGAGAAUACAUUGCUGCAUUCCUCAGUUACUUCGGAACUGGAGUUGUGGAGUACGAUGCUGAAGGUUUUACCAAACUUACUCUGCUGUUGAUAUGGAAAGAUUUCUGCUUCCUGGUUCACAUUGACCUGCCGCUAUUUUUCCCACGUGACCAACCCUCGUUAACGUUUCAGUCUGUUUAUCACUUCACAAACAGCGGCCAACUGUACUCUCAGACGCAGAAGAAUUAUCCAUAUAGCCCUCGCUGGGAUGGAAAUGAAAUGGCUAAAAGAGCAAAGGCUUAUUUCAGAAGUUUUGUACCACAGUUCCAGGAAGCUGCAUUUGCCAAUGGAAAACUCUAGAAACUACUUCUACAACAAGUAUCUUAUCCGUCAGAGGAAUAAUUUUAUACCAUGCAAUGUCCUACUAAACACAAGUCAAAUUACCUACCAUGAUAACAACUGUGCUACAUGUGUUGUUGAAUAACAGAACAUGACUAAAUUGUGUAUAAGCUUUAUUUCUGAAUAAAGCUGACUUUAUUACUCUCUGCUAUGUUCGUAAAUUUCUAGGUUAAUGAUAUUUGAAAAUGUUAAUAUGGUCUGUUUAGUCAGGACCAACAUUCUAAGGGUUUAGGAUAAAAGUUUGUGUUUAGAUAUUUUGACAUUUUUAGAAUGAAGAGCUAAAGCUUGGAAUCUGUAGUAAAAGAUUAAUCAAAGGCUUGAUGUUGAGAGUAUCUGAUAUACAUAAACAUUUUACAGUUCAGCCUUGCACACUGAUCCAACAACUUAUUGAUAUUAAAAACAAAUGUCCCUACUGGUGAAUCUCACAGUGUAAUGCAUGUAGAGCAGAAUGCUAUCUUAAAAUGGUGGUACUUCACAUUUUUUUAUAUAUAUAUAUAGAUCUCCAACAAAGCAUGAUAUUACUUGCAUAGAAAGGUGUCUACAGCAUGACUAUUCAAUUUAAAUUCAUCUAGUUUUAUGGAGGAAGAAAACCCCUUAUUAGAAAUGCAGAGAGUAAAUAUUUGCCCGACACAAUUAAUUUGACUUAUUAAUAUUAUAAACAAGUUAAUCUCAAUACACAUAGUACUGGUGAUGUCUUUCCUAGUGAUUUUACUCAUCUCAAUUUACAAAUAAAAAUGUAGAUUAUAUUCCACUCCUAAAGCUUUUCAAAAUGUAUUUACUUAUACUUCAAUAAAGAUUUUUGAGAUAAAGUCCUGAUAAGCUUUUAUGUUGGCAUACAAUGUAAUCGAAAGUGUUUUAAUCGAUUUUCUGAUAUCUUGUAAAUACAUUUAAAUAUGAAAAUAAACAGCAACAAUAAAUGAACGUAAAAUAA